AUGCUUUUGGUUUCCUUGGAGAAAGUGUCAUAUGUCGAAGGUCCUCAGUUCUCUAUUUCAAAAGAAGACUCGUACAUAAAAGGGAUACACAAGGGUGUUGAAAGUCCUUCAAUUGAAAAUGGAUUUAAAGACAACAAAAAGACUAGUGGCGACCUUAUUAAAGAGGGUGACUUGAACGAUCCGGGACAAAAAGAUGACGAAGAGAAAAAUGGCAAACGCUUUGCUUCUUCUCUGUCUUGUGGUGAUGUUGAUACCGCUUUGGAGUUUUCCUUUAACGAAACCAGGAGAGGGAUACACAAGGGUGUUGAAAGUCCUUCAAUUGAAAAUGGAUUUAAAGACAACAAAAAGACUAGUGGCGACCUUAUUAAAGAGGGUGACUUGAACGAUCCGGGACAAAAAGAUGACGAAGAGAAAAAUGAUGACGACAAAGAUGACGAAAAAGAUGUUGACAAAGAUCAUGACAAAGAUGACGAGAAGGAUGAUGACAAAGAUGACGACGAAGAUGACGAUAAAGACGAUGACAAAGGUGAUAACAAAGAUGACGACAAAGAUGACGACCAAGAUGAUGAAAAAGACGAUGACAAGAAUGAUGAUAAAGAUGACGGCAAAGAUGAGGACAAAGAUGACGAUUAA